AUGCCUGAUGCAAACGGGCUCCCAUCGGACCCUCCGACGUACGAUAGUGUCGCGCUGAGUCCUGCUCCCAUUGUUUCGGGGCUCAGCAGCGCAGAGCUGUCUCGGCGGCCAUCGUCAGUCAAUUUGGCUGAAAAAUCCAAGCCAAAACCGAAGAACGUGCCUUAUCGUCCCGCACGCCAUCUACAGGCCCAGAUCGAUAAGUUGGGCGAACCGCUGGCCAGUCUUUCGCCGCUCUCUUCGGGCACAAAAACCGAGUAUUUCGACAUCCUUCCGCUGUUCCAAAUGUUCCAGUCCAUUUUGAAGAGAAACGACUUUGAGUUCGAUGAAGACAACUUGGGAAACCCUCCCAUCUAUACCGACGCUUCCGCCGAGGCCCUGUCGCUUCUGCUUCCGGUGCCACAGAGCAGUGGAGCCGAGAUUGAUCAGCUUCUUCACAAUGCAUCUAACCCCGACUUGCAACUUGACGACAGCGACGAGUACGACGACGAGGUGGAGGGCCAGUACCUCUUCUCGGACACAGCGUCGGAGGAAGGUCUCCAGCUCCGUUCACGUUCUCCACGCCGGCGCGAUGCUCCCCCUAGUGCACCGCCAUCUCGAGGUGCUAGUCCGCCUGCAGCGGGACACAAUGCUGGCCAUGCCAAUAUCAUGACGCAUGAGAGCUAUGGCAAUUCUGUUCUUGAUAAUAUUGAUACGCUUCCGCAUGCCAAAUCGUCUCCGCUCCUGAUCGAAAUCAUAGUCACCAAAGAUAUCCCCGUCCCGCACCAGCUCAAUGCGCUCGAGACAAAGCUCAAAGAGUACAGCUGUGGCGACGUGGUGAAUGGCUAUGUGGUCAUCACCAACAAUCUGGACGAAGAUGUGGACUUUGGCUUGUUCACGGUGAGUCUUCAAGGAACCAUCAAGAUGAUCAAUGCCACCAAAGAUGAGCGCGGUAUCAUGCGCACACACUCCAUUGUGCAGAAAAAGGUCUUGAAGAUGUAUGAUCUCAAUGCCAGUUACAAUGAGACGGCGAUUCCCAGCUCCGCCGGAAUCGAAUACGAGGCAUUCUCCAGAGACCAGUUUGAUGGCUGCGUCAUGGGACUUCCUGACAACCGUAUUCUCAAAGCUAAAGAGAAAUAUAAAAAGUUCAUCACAUUUAAAUUUCCCGAUAUGCUUCUCGAUGUCGUAUGUCCGCAUGGCGUCAUGCGUCAUACCAUGGCUCCGCCAUCGUUCGGUAUUGAUGAAACGGCAUUUUAUAAGAGAGCCGCUACCAUUGAGACCAACAAGGCUUUGGGAUAUGGAUGCUUAUCUUCUAAAGGUACUCCCAUCAAAGUAACCGACUACUGCUUCGAUAAUACUAGUGUCUCCUAUUCUAUUAGAGCUGAAUUUAUUGACAAACAACAUACUGAAGACCAGAGGCUGCCUGUUUUCACAGAGGAUAUCAACGAUCCCAAGAACAAAUCGAAGUACAUCAUUUCGAAAAGUGCGGAGUUUUUCUUGCGGCUCUUGCCAAACGUCAAAUCCCAAGUUGAAUGCUAUAGUCGUGCUUAUAGCUUGUUUGGAGUUGAAACUUUUGACACCGUGGGCAUCGAUGGUGUUCUAUAUGGCCGUCUUGCUAAGCGUGAGACCUGGCAUUUUAUCAAAAGAAUGAAUUUGACCAUCGAACAGGAGAUACAAACCGCUCUUGACAAACUCGAGUAUUCACAAGAUGAUCUCAAGAGAAAACACAUUGCUGCACGGCCACCACUUCAUCAUGUCAGUAGCAAGAUUAACCUCACUGUUACGCCCGAAUUCCAUGACUUUUUGCCUGAGUUCAAGGUUCGAGAGUUUGAGAAGAACAGAAUUUUGUUUACACACAGACCGGUCAAGGUCACCGGCAAGAAGAAAAAACUUCUCAUUCUGGCUUCAGAAAAGAUUGGAGAGUGUAUUCUUGCCGUUAAGGUUCCGAACAAGCUUAUUCCAUAUGGGUCACCUCGACUUAUCCAGAAGUACAACAGCGGUAGAGGUGAAUCUUCAAACUCUCUCUCAGCGGUGUCUUCUCGAGAAAAUGGCAAUUUUUUGCUGCCUGUCUCUUCUAAUAACGUCAUGGAGCUUUACAACCGUGACGAUGACACCGUAAUCAAGCAUAUUGAAUUGGAACUUUGGUUCAAAAGCACAACCGAGAAAGCGACGCUUCCCGACAUUUCACUGGUUGAAUUCAAAGUGGUUGCAUGGUCUUAUAAGACAGAUUACCCAAUUCCAGUGUCUUUUGACCAUGACUUUUUCUACACACGAGCCGAUGUGAGUGGAGCAGUGAUUCAGCACGACGAUGUUGAAAACACCAAAGAAAACUUGCAACAGCUCAAGGAAACCAUCAACGAGUACAUUUCAUUUUUACGUCACAGCAAAACCUACAUUCUGCAGAACACCUUCUCCUACUUAAAAGGUGUCAGUAAGCUCGGUGUCAAGAAGGAUGUCCUCAAGGAUUACUUCCAAACGAUUCCGAUACAACACAACGAGGCCUACAAUGAGAGUGUGUGGAAAUCGCAGACAUUUGCCAACCAAGAAACGCUCUGGAUGAAAAAACUCAGCGUUCCUUUGGUGACCAUCAACAAAAACAAUGUCACGCUUCCCCCAAGUUUCCAGUCAUGUUUGGUGGGCCGGCUCUACUCACUUCAAGUGAAGGUUAAAUUCAAGGGCCACGAUGAGCAUCACAACUUUGCCGUGAUGGAUGUUCCUGUGAUUAUCGGUUAA